CUAUUUCAACAAGUAGUAAGAAGAAAGAAAAAAACCCUAGCAUCUCUAUAACCGGCAAACCCUCCGCCUUUUCUCUUCUGCAAUCAUGAUGAAAAUUAAGACCCCCAGGAGUGGAAGAGUCAGAAGGGCACUAGAAAAACGAGCUCCAAAGCUCGUGGAAACAGGGAAGAAAACACUGAUACUGCAAGGUACAAAGACGAGCGGCACAUUGAAUGAAGUUUUGAGUGAAAUUUACCAUUUAAAAAAGGGUGGAGCUGUGAGGUUUACGAGGAAGAAUGACAAUAUAAGGCCUUUUGAAAGUGGGGGUGAAACUUCUUUGGAGUUCUUUUCUCUUAAAACUGAUUGCAGCAUCUUUGUCUAUGGUUCACACUCGAAGAAACGACCUAACAACCUUGUUUUGGGGCGGAUGUAUGAUCACCAUGUAUAUGAUCUAGUUGAGGUCGGGGUUGAAAAUUUUAAAUCCAUUGAAUCAUUCACUUACGACAAGAAGAUGGCCCCACGGGUGGGAUCGAAGCCUUUCGUUGCUUUCGUUGGAGAAGGAUUUGAGAAUGUAGAUGAGCUGAAACAUUUGAAGGAAGUUUUGCUUGAUCUUUUACGAGGAGAGGUUGUGGAGAAUAUAAACCUUGCUGGGUUGGACCGAGCUUAUGUAUGUACAGCAAUUUCUUCAAAUAAGGUAUACCUUACACAUUGUGCCCUUCGGUUGAAAAAGUCUGGCUCUGUUGUUCCGAGGAUGGAACUCGUAGAAGUAGGCCCUUCCAUGGAUUUGGUGGUUCGACGUCAUCGUCUUCCAAAUGAAGGCUUGAGGAAAGAAGCUAUGAAAACAGCUAAAGAUCAACCAAAGAAGAAGAUUAAAAAUGUUAGCUCGGAUGCAAUAGAAGGGACAAUUGGCAAGAUCUACAUUCCUGAUCAGAAGGUCGGAGAUGUGGCUCUACCGAACAAAGCCAAAGGUGUGAAGAGAGAGCGACGUGAAGCUAAGAAGAAAGAGGCUAAUGAACGGGCCUCAAAAAAGCAGAAGGAAGAAUCUGAGUGAAUGUAUGGUAUAGCCUUGUGGAAAUGGGAUGCUCUUUACGUGGCUGGGACUAGCAGUCUUCUGAAGGGAAUACAAAUGGAAGCUGCCCUAUGGUGUUUCAACUAUAUAAUCUAUUAAAUUUGUUCUAGGUUUUAAUGUUGGAUUGUUACAACUUAACUUUUCAAGGAAAAGAAAGAAUUUUGUUCGA